AGCGCCUCGCGCGCCGUUUUUUGGCUUGUCAAUUGAAACCACGCAACAAAUUUCUUUAAAAUUUUGUUAAAUAGCAAUUAUUGCAUAAAGUUCACUUAAAAGAUAGAGAAUAUCAAUGCCUCUCAAGAACUCUAGUGUCGAAACCAGUGCAGUGUUAAUACGCCUUGUACUCAGUUUCUGCUAAUCUCUAAUCGGAGCCGCAACUCUUAACAUGCCUCUGUUGAAAAGAAAAGCUUUUGAAAAAUCGUCGGCGUCGGAAUACUUGCGGGACGACGACGAGGUCUUCCACUGCGAGAUCACCGACGAGAUAUUCAAGGACUAUGAAGAGUACUGCGAGAGGAUCAUUCUCGUCAAUUCGAUGGUGUGGACAUGUGAGAUGACGGGCAAGAACAAUUUGACGUACGCCGAAGCUCUCGACAGCGAGAAGGCCGCUCGGAGGUCUCUGAAAGACUUUCCUAUGGAGUUGAGAAUACCAAUAUUGUACUUGGCGACAAAGACGAAAAGAAGUUCUUUUGCCGAGAUGUCGGAGGACAUCUUUAAUUAUGUGCGGGAGAGGUACUUCGUGGGCGAGACUGUAGAGGCCUGUCUGGAGGGGGACACCUGGCUGGAGGCCCACAUCCUGUCCGUUACUGCACAGAAACAACACCCCGACAACCAAUCCAUGCUACCACCAUCUGCAUACUGCUAUGAGGUGGAGCAGUAUGAUGACUCCGAUCCUGCCACACCUGGACAGAUUGGUACUGCACCAUUUGACAGAAUACGCCGUCGCAAAGGAAUUUACUCACGAGAAAAAAAUAAGCUGUUUCUUAAACAAUUCGUGACACAAGUUUCAAACAUUAUAGGAAUAAAGCAAGCAGCAAUAGAGAAGUAUAACAUUGCCAAAGUGAAUUUUGAUCAAAUAUUUACUGGAAACCCACCCGACUUCCCAUCAUCAAAGAAACUGCUAAAACCCAGCCUCUCCCCUCAUGCAUCAAAGAUGCCCAACAAACCCAACUCGGCCACAAAGAACAACAAAUUUAAGAAACCCAGUCCAGACAAGAAAGGACAGCAGUCCAUGGACAAGUUUGUUAAAAAGACUGACAAAUCUGAAGUCUCCAAAAUGAAAACUCCAAUGGACCCAGAGGCGCGAAAGUCAGCUCAGGAGCUAGCAAACAAAAUGAGAAGGGCAGAGGAUCAAAUGCGGCAACGUAAGGAGGAGGAGAAGGCAAAGAAAAAGGAGAAAAACGCACAACUCAUGGCCUUCAUGAAAGAGUGGCAAAAAGUCAAGGAUGACCAGGAACUAGAGGACCAUAAGAUAAUACCCAAGGGAACACCUAUUCAAGUUGAAGGUAUUCCGCACCAAAACUUUGGGGAUUUCCUCUCUGUGUUGGAGUUUGUCUACAAUUUCUCUGACACCCUUAAAGUAAAGGAUGUGUUUCAUAAUGACCUGGAUGCGGAGUCGCUUAAGAAAUCUUUGACAUCUAAAGAGUAUGCGUGGAUGUUCAGCGAGCUUAUACAGAUGUUCCUGUCCGCUAUAUUCUCUCUGCAAGAGGAUGAAGCAGAGGAGUACAAUGAACAUGGAAAUAUAAAGGAAUAUGUUGAAGACAAAGAUAUAGACGAGAAUAUUACUAUAUAUAAGUCAAUAGAACUAGCAACCAAAGCGUCCAAGUGGUCACACACAUACCUCGGUAGUUCACUCAGCAAGCUGCCUCUCGACCCUACAACUGUCACAGAAGUAUUGAGAUUACAUCUCCUGGCGUCUGGCGGCACGGGCGGGUCUCGUGCGGCGGCGUGGCGGGCGCAGCAGCGCGGCGGUUACGGCGGCGGCGACGACCCGGCCGCGCGGCUGCGACUCACGCACCCGCAGCUGCUGGCUCGGCUGCGGAGAGCGCACGUCGCUGAUCUAGAUAUGGAUGACAAAUUCAUGAUACUACAGUGCCUUAUGAACCAAGUGUUAAGUUACGCGAACGUCAGGGACCUCGUCGAAGAAAAACUCGAGGAGUAUAAAAACUUGAAACACCAACUCAGAACAUUACAGAUAAACGAACGCAAACGUGAGCCUCAACUGGCGACCGCUCGUAUGGAGUUGAAGCGGACGCAUAUGGCGAAGAAAGAGGAGUUGAAACUCAGUAACGCGGAGUUCAAAGUCGUAGAGGCUCAGCUCAAGGAUGCUCUAGAGGAACUCAACCGGGAGAACGAGGCUAAGAAAGUGGAAAAUGAAAAGAAGAUCAAAGAACUGCAAGCGCAGAUAUUCAAUCAUAUAAACUAUGUUGGCUCCGACCGCGCGUUUCAACGCUACUGGGUGUCGCGACGCGUGCCCGGACUAUUCGUGGAGGCGGGGGCGGAGCCGCGCGGGCCGUGCCGCCGCAAGCCCCUCCCCGCGCCGCCCGCGCCGCGCGCUGACCUGCUGUCCUACAUUGCCGAUCUUGCUGACCGCGCCGACAUUGAUAAGGAGCCGGCGGGCAGCGACAAAGAGAACGAGUCGGCGGCGAACUCCCGCGGCAACUCGCCGAAGAAGCCGCUGUCGAGUGUGAACGGGCUGAGCAAGGUGAACGGGGUGGAGCCCUCGCUGCAGCACAUGCGUGACCUGCUCAUUUGUACCGCCGAUAUCAAUACCUGCUAUGUGCAUGGAAAGGGCGACUACCGUCCGCAAUGGUGGGUGUACCACACGGAGGAGCAGGUGGAGGGUCUGAUAGCGGCGCUGAACAAGCGCGGCGCGCGCGAGGCGGACCUGCGACACACGCUCGAGCUCGACCGCGCCAAACUCGUCGACUACAUCAAGAAGUGUCCGCUGCAUGUGCUCAACCCCAGUAUGGCAGCGCCUAUGCCGGCGAACAGUCACGCGACCCGCAGGCGGUGGCAGCCGUCGCUGACGGUGCCGCGCGACGCCACGCUGGCCGAGACGCUGGAGCUCACGCUGCGAGACCACAUACUCGAGCUCGAGGAGAAGAUCUUCCAUGGAUGCCUGGGAGCCAUCAAAGUCAAGGACCGCGAGGCGUGGCGUGGCACGAUCAUGGUGCGCGGGUACGACAAGCAAGCGGAGUACCUCAGCUGGGGCCCGGGCGGCCGGUACCGCGACGACGUGCACCUACACGACGGAGUCCUCAACGUGCCCAGUGACUUACCAGAGUCGGAGGUAGAUGACAUCCCGGAGAACAGGUACCGCGACCCCGGUCAGUACCUAGAGCGCGCGGUGGAAGGGGGCGGGGCGCAGGAGGCGGGGCCGCCCGCGAGCGUCGUGCGCGGGCUGGCGUGCGCGCUGCUGCAAGUCGCGCAGGCCAUACACCACAAGUACCUCAAGAGACCAUUGGGUCUGGACGACAAAGAGCGUAAGGAGCGCGAGGCGAAAGGCAAGGGUAUGGAGCUAGAAGCGAUGGAGCGGUGGGAGGUGUCGCUGAUGGAGUGUCGCGGGCUGGCGGCGCUGCAACUGCACCUGCUGGCGCUGGACGGUAGCGUCGCCUGGGCCAGCAGCAUCCUCAACGCCAGCUGCCGCGUGUGCCGCCGCAAGGCCGACCCCGACAACAUGCUGCUGUGUGACGGCUGCAACAAGGGACAUCACCUGUACUGCCUCAAGCCCAAACUCAACAAAGUUCCAGAGGGCGACUGGUUCUGUCAGUCGUGUAAGCCCAAGGAGAAGACCCCACCGAGGCAAAGGAGGAAACUGUACACGGAGGUGAAGGAGGAGGAGGAAUCUGAGGAGGAGAGUGAGCCUGAAUCGUUCAGCACGGACGACGUGUCGGUGUGCGGCGCGUGCGGCAGUGGCGGGCGUCUGGCGGGCGAGUGCGGCGGCUGCGGGGCGCGAUACCACGCCGAGUGCUGCGAGCCGCGCCUCACCCGCGCCGCACGCAAGUGGAUGUGUGCCGCCUGUCUAGCGCCGCCAAGAGAGGGCGGGCGGCGGCGCUGCGCGACAGCUGCGGCGACGCACAUCCAGCAGUACGCGCGCGCGCUCCUGCCGCGCCCGUACCGGCGACGCGACACCGACAGCGAUUCAAGUGAUUCAGAGUCGAAUACACCUUUACAAAAGAUGAAAGGCAGAAAGUCAAGAAACAGCAAGGAAUCUUCACCAAUGACAAAUGGAAGUGCAACAAAAAGGGGACGCAAACCCAAAGCAGAAAUUAAUGGUCACUCAACAAGAAAAUCGAAAUCACUAACAAAUGGAACAUCUGAGCGGCGACGUCGCACGGAGGAGCCGUUACACGUGGAAUCGCUGCAGCAGCUGCUGCAAGACGCUGAGAAACAUCGCGACAGCUGGCCCUUCUGUGAACCCGUCUCCGUCGAAGAUGUACCUGACUACUUGGAUGUGAUCGAGAAGCCGAUGGACUUCAGCACGGUGCGCAGCAAGCUGGCGGCGCGCGAGUACGGCACGGACGAGGAGGCGCUGGCCGACAUCGCGCUCAUCUUCAACAACUGCUACACGUAUAACAAGGACACGCAUCCUGUUGCUAAGGCUGGAUGUCGUCUCGAAAAGUAUAUAAUCAAACGCUGCGCCGAGCUGAAGCUGCCGCCCAUGCCGGAGACUAUUCUAGAGGAGGAGGAGACCGGCACUAAGAGACCUCUCGAAGACGACGACGAUGAUGAUGAUGCUCCACUGAUCAAGAGGUCCAGGCACAACUGAUGCACGGCCCCGCCGCACCUGACCGACUACGUCCUCUACUGAGGAGACUGGACUGUGAGUUAGUGCUUUAACAUUCACCGUAGCUAGUUCUAGCGUUGUGAUAAGGUAGGUUAACGUCACUCGUGACGCCAAAAGACAUUUGUUUACGUGUACUCCGCGCGAGCUCCAGGAAUCACAAUGUUGUGAGUGUGGGGUAGUUUGCCAUAGUCAAAUGUAGCCCCCACCGCACGGGAUAAAAAAUAUUAUACCCUAAUAUACAAAGAAUCAGCUACAUAAUAAUGGAAGAAACAUAAUAUUUAUGAAGUGUCUACUGCACACUCACCCUCAGCAGCAGUGGAAAAAAUAAUGUUGUUCUGCUGGCUGUGAUCCCUAGGACCUUGCAUGUGGAGUGUAAUAUUAUUGCUGUAAAAAAUUUUGUUCUUAUUUGAAUAUAACUUAAAUAUUUGAAAUGUCCUGUAUUAUAUAUUAUACUUCUCAAUGUGGAUUGUAAAUUUGCUAGCUUAGUUACUGAUAACUGAUAAGAUAUGGCUUGUGCCUUUUACGACAUAAGAUUCAGUGCAAAUUUUUGUUUGGCUCAAUAAAAAUCAUUGAUGAAUUGCAUCCAAAAUUUCGGAUGGUAUGUAUGUACUUACAAACUAAAUAUAUUCUGUUCAAUAGAAUCAUUCUUAUACUGUGUGCCCUAAAUUAAUAUUUAUAGUUUACUUCAAUUGUAAAUUAGUGGUAAUCUACUUUGAUAUUGUUGCAUUUAAUGAUUUUUUUUCGCAUUUUAUACGACAUUUUGUUACUACUUAAACUUAU